AUGGCAUCAUCUCCUUCUGGGCUCAUCAACCAGGUAGACCUUGAUACUACUAAAAUGUGGAAAAACGACUCUAUCGAGGAGCGUAUCUUCUCAGCAGCUUUGAUAUGCCUGGAAGGCCACUACAACCAGUCCCCUUCAAUGGGCCCCCAAUCUAUGGCAAAGGUUACCAGUAUCAUUUCUAAAACCUUGGAGAAAACCCACACAUUUAAGGACGUUAGGGAGGUCCUUUCGAGAAAUGUGCGGGUUUGGAUAUGGCUACGUCGGGCCGUGUCUGCCGCAAUAUGUGACCUCAAUGAGAAGUCUCUUGGUGUACGAUCGGAACCUUUUGUUCAAACCAAGUUCCUCGACAUCACUACUCCAGAAGUCACUGCUCUGAUUAUCAAGAAUUACGUGCCUCUGAAGGAAGCAUUGCAGAUGCUUAACAAGCUGAUGCAUAUUGCUCGAAAUUUGCUUGUCACUACCGACCCAGAGGUCCCUCAGGAUUUGUCUGCAGCUAUCCAUUUCGACCAUGAAGUAUAUGAAUCCAUAUGUCUCUGUGUCAACGUCACCAGCAAAGGAAUUGAUGGCGAAAUGCCCGAGGACGAAGCGUCGAGAGCAAAGCUGAACGAGAUUACCGAAUUAUGCAAAAAGGUCCUUGUGACAUCACUACAGCAAGCUCACAACUGGAUUGCCAAGAAUGACCGCAAUAAGAUGUUAUUCUGGUACAAAGUACUGAUUGAAUCCCCUGACGCGGAGAGCAACCCAGGUCCAGAGGAUCGACACGAGUCGGUGCUAGACUACCCAGCCCCCAGAAGUAUUUAUCUGCGAGACGAAAUAUCCAAUUGGCUCAAAAGAUCUUCGCGAAUGUGUGAUGCGGCGAUUAGCAUUUGCAAAGAAUAUUUUGACGCUGAGAGCACUGACAAUAAGGAUCAAUGGCUACCCCAUGACGAGAAUCUUCUUGCCUGGAAUUACACUCCGCCUGAAACCUGGGCCUGGCAACCAGAUACGUAUGACGAUGCUGCCGAGCUAGUGUCAACGUGGAAUCCCGAAGAAAACGACAAAUUUGAGCAGGAUCGGGCAUAUGGCCGUGUAUCGCACGAACUUGACAAGUGGUGGUAUGGCGCGCGCGUCCCUAACUCCAACGACUGGAGCCUAACAAUGUACUCGACUGUUGACUCUGUUCCCCAGCGCAUUAAAGAAUGUGAAUCUAGCCUGAUGCAACGCUAUGCAGCUGCUGAGUCUCAGGAGGAACCUAGUGAUUCUAUUGAGCAUCAUGCAGAGGAGGAACAUAGUACUGAGUGGCAAGGCCAGACGUCCCAAUCGGGUCAGGCCUUCGCCCCCGAGUACGACGAAUAUGAGGAAGAAGCUGACGACGACGAUUCAUACGGCGAAGGGCCGAUGACUGGUCUUCUAACUGAGGUACCAAAUAUACUUGACCCUAAACAGAUAGAGGCGCUUCAUAUGAUUGUCAAGUCGUGCAUAUUAGACUCGGCGGGUUCUGGGUUGACCCCAUACGGUGAGAACCUGCAGCAAACACGUUGCCGUAUCUUUCUUGCCACCGACUGCGGCAGGAACCUCCUGAGAGAGAUGCUUGUCUUCAUCGCUGUAUGGGAAAAGGACGAACAGUCGUUAAUUUUUCAGAUUAGCAGCCAGAUAGUACAGGCGAUCCACGAAAACUCGCUCAUCCCUUACGCAUGGAUGGCGCUUCGAAGCCCUAAGGACAUCAUCUCGCCAGCGCAGACAGUUCUGCUUAGACUCAUUACCCAUCUAUUCCGCACAGCUCUGUUUCCUCCUAAGGACUACGAUCCUUUUCCUGAUACAAAAGUGGAAGAUGUGGAAAAGAUCCUUGCAAACGAAGACGUUCGUCUUGGGAAAAUGCUGAACUACCUAUACGGCCUGUUCCGCAGUCGUAUCGUCCCGGAGUGUGUCGCUUUGAUGCAGAUCCAGGGCGAGGUUCGCAAGGGACGACUGGACCCUGCAGACUUCCCAGUUGACAACUGGGAUCUGGAAAGGGCCAAAGACGGCCUUGUGCAAUACCUUGACUUUCUCUACACGGUUGCAGAUAUCUACCCUCUCCGUCAACAUCUUAUCGACUACGAGGCUGUCUAUGAACUCCUUAAGCUGCUUGAGGGUCUUGAUAUUGGGGUAGAGAAAGCACCAUUUCCAGGAACCCGACGAAAUGAGCCUACUACUACACCCUCUACUACCACAUCAACGCCCCAGGCAUCAUCGUCUAAUAAUCCGCCUCCGCCUCCGCCGCCUCCGCCGCCGAUAUCCGAUCCGCCUCACGAGUUCCCCUGGUCUGGUAUCAAAGGCCAAGUUCUCUCUAUACUUGCGGCUCUCUUACAGCCACCACCUGGUCAAUCCUCGCCUGGAAAUCCGACGGUACAGCUUCAAAUUUUACAACACAAUGGAAUUGUUGCCCUACUUAACUGUUGUUUGUAUGACGAUAACAAUCGCUUUUGUCGUGAGCGUACGCAGCUCUGCCUUAAGUGGCUUAUGGACGGCUGCCCGGAUGCCUCGGCGUUUCUGCAGAACCUUGUUAAUGCUAAUCAAGGACAGGCGGUGGCACGUCCGCCGGCAGGCAGCAACUUAACACAAAGUGUUAGGAUAGAUGGUGUUCCCGGCGAGGUUAGGGUCCAGGUGCGCAGUUCGAGCGCACCCGCGGGAGAAGUUGGCGAGGUAGUAGGGGAUGGCGCAAAUUUAAGGACUAGGUUAGAGGAAAAUAAGAGUCGCAGCGAGGAGCUUGUUAACGACCUCUUGGCGUUAACCGUUGUCGACGAGACUGGUAAGAUGACUAUUGCACCUGAUGGGGAUGAGACAGAGGAUGACGAUUUCAUGUGA